CUAUUUACCGUAGUUUGUUAUGAGCGAAAUUGUUUCGGAUGAAGUGUUGCGCGAAAAGUCGAUCGCCAGCAGAAAAGCCAGAGAUCGUGUAGCUAUCAUUGGAAGUGGAAACUGGGCCUCUGCUCUCUCCAUUAUUAUUGGCAAUAAUGCCAAGAAAUAUGAUUGCUUUGAAAACGAGAUCAAGAUGUGGGUGUAUGAAGAAAUGAUUGAAUGUAAAAUAUCCUGUGUUCACCCUAAUGGAGAUUUCCUUUAUUCCACGUAUCUGCAUGGAUUCAAACUCCCGGAAAACAUCAUCGCCUGUCCUGACCUCGUGCGAUGUGUGGAGGACGCGGAUUGCUUGGUCUUCUGCAUUCCUCAUCAAUUCCUCCCCGGAGUUCUGAACCAGAUCAAGCACCACGUUCGUCCGAACACGUACGCCAUCUCGUGUAUCAAGGGAGUCGAUCAUGAUGAGAACGGUCGUCUUCGUCUGAUCACUGGAAUGAUCUACGACGAGCUCAACAUCGAUUGUUCUAUCAUCUGCGGCGCCAACGUCGCCAACCAAAUCGCUGCUGGCGAAUUCGCCGAAGCCACCUUGGGUUAUCGCGUUCGCGACCACGCCGAGAAGCUGCAAGUGCUGUUCAACACUCCGAACUUCUGCGUGCAGUUGGUGAACGACCCUGUGGGCGUGGAGUUCUGCGGUUCGUUGAAGAACGUGAUCGCGCUGGGCGCGGGGUUCGUGGACGCGUUGGGCUACGGAUCGAACACGAAAGCGGCGCUGAUUCGCAUCGGGCUGCAGGAGAUGAAGAAGUUUGCGAAGAUGUUUUAUAAGGGCGUGCAGGACAACACGUUCUUCCAGUCGGCGGGCGUGGCGGAUCUGAUCACGACGUGCUGGGGAGGACGCAAUGUGCGCUGCGCAGAGGCGUUCGCGCGGACGGGGAAGAGCUGGGAGCAGCUGGAGGCGGAGAUGCUGAACGGGCAGAAGCUGCAGGGAACGACGACGUGCAAGGAGGUGUACGAUAUGCUGAUUAAUACGCAGAUGGAUCAGGAGUUCCCGCUGAUGGUGACGAUCUAUAAUAUCGCGUAUCGUGGAUAUGAUCCGAAGCUGAUUCUGGAGGGAUGUCGGCUGCAUAAUGGAGUGCCGAUGACUCCGUACUCGAUGCUCACGCAGGAAUAGGAGUGUGAUUGAUAGAGCCAU